AUUUUCUGUGUUCCCAACAGGCAUGGACGGGAAGAAAUGCAGCGUGUGGAUGUUUUUACCGCUCGUGUUCACCCUGUUCACCUCAACGGGCUUAUGGAUAGUGUACUUUAUAGCCGUGGAAGAUAACAAAAUUAUUCCACUAAGCGUGCCAGAUAGGAAACCUGGUUCUAAAAGACCCCCUUAUAUAAGUAUUGCAGGUGAUGCACCUCCUGCAAGCUGUGUCUUUAGCCAAGUCAUGAACAUGGCAGCAUUUCUAGCGCUGGUGGUUUCUGUGCUGCGCUUCAUUCAGCUGAAGCCCAAGGUGCUAAACCCUUGGCUCAACAUCAGCGGCCUCGUGGCCUUGUGCCUGGCCUCCUUUGGCAUGACUCUCCUCGGCAACUUUCAGCUGUCCAAUGAUGAGGAGAUCCACAACGUGGGCACCUCGCUGACCUUCGGCUUCGGCACCUUGGCCUGCUGGAUCCAGUCCGCCCUCACCCUCAAGAUCAACCUGAAGAACGAAGGACGGAAAGUCGGGAUCCCCCGAGUUGCCCUGUCCGCCGGCAUCACCCUCUGCGUGGUGCUCUAUUUCAUCCUGAUGGUGCAGGACAUCCACAUGUACGCCGCGAGGAUCCAGUGGGGCCUGGUCAUGUGCUUCCUCUGCUACUUCGGCACCUUCGCCGUGGAGUUCAGGCACUACAGAUUUGAGAUCGUUUGCUCCGAGUAUCAGGAAAACUUCCUGAGCUUUUCCGAAAGUCUAUCUGAAGCCUCCGAGUACCAGACGGAUCAGGUGUAG